AUGUCCGCCGUGAUCGCGCCGGUCGGACUGUGCGGCGGCGCCCUCGGGGCCGUCAGGACCAACGGGACUCGCCGCGGGGCGACUUCUGCGAGGGCGCUGGGUUUCAAGGGCGGCGAGGGGAUGGGUCAGAGCGCGUCUCUCGCGCGCAGGCAGGUGGCGAUGGUCGGCCCCAAGGUGGCCGGCAGGGGUGGCGCGAUGGUGACGCGUGCGGUGACCGGGCCGAGGGAGACCCGCCUCGGCUCGAUCCUCACCACCAUUCCCCAGCGUCUGGACCUUUACUUCCGCGUCAGGAGAGGACGGAAGUUGCUGUGGAAGAUCAUCUUCGCCGCCACUGGCUUCUACUCUGCCAACGUCCUCUCGCUCACCUUCGGCGUGCUCGGAAUCAACGACGUUGUCGCGGGCGCCUUCUGCCUGGCGUUCGCCGAGAUCGUCACCCGAUCCUUCUACAAGAAGACCAACCCCGGCAAGUACUGGGACUUCCUCAACUGGUUCAAGCUCGGCCUGUGCUACGCGCUCAUCACCGACGCUUUCAAGCUGGGAUCGUAA